AAGGAUCACGUGGUCCGCGGCCCAGCUGUGGUCAGCUGACGCCGGCGGAAGCGUGGCCGUGCUUCCGGUUUGUGUGCUGUGCAGAAUGCUGCGGGCGGCCCGCGGGUCGCGGCUCCUCGGGCUCUGGAUAUUGAAUAACUGCUCAACAAAGGCCUACAGAGAUGGCCACUUGAUCUUGUGCUCUGCCACAAGAAAAACCAAAGGGGUUGUCGUCGGGCACAAUGUGGCACGCAGCUCCACGGCGACGGUUGCUGAGGGCACCAAUGAUUCCUUCCUGAAGUGGGCCCUGCUUCUGAUCCCGGUCACAACCUUUGGUCUCGGAACCUGGCAGGUUCAACGUCGCAAAAGGAAACUGCGGCUAAUCGAGGCUCUAGCAGAGAGAAGCUGCUUGGAGCCCGUGCCCCUUCCCCUGGAUCAACUGGACGUGAAGAAGCUGGAGUACAGGCGGGUGAUGGUACGCGGGAGGUUCGACCACUCCAGCGAGCUCUACAUCAUGCCCCGGUCGCAGGUGGACCCCGAAAAGGAGGCAAGAGAGGCGGGCCGCCUGACGUCCAGCGGAGACACCGGUGCCAACGUUGUCACGCCCUUCUACUGCACAGACCUGGGAGUGCGAAUCCUUGUGAACAGGGGCUUUGUACCUAGAAGGAAGAUCAAUCCAGAAACGAGAAGAAAAGGACAGAUUACUGACGAGGUGGAGCUGGUUGGCAUCGUUCGACUGUCUGAGACACGCAAACCAUUCAUUCCUCAGAAUGAUAUUGAGAAGAACAUCUGGCACUACCGGGACUUGGAGGCAAUGGCACAGAUUGUGCACACUGAACCUAUCCUUAUUGACGCAGACUUUGACAGCACAGUCGCUGGAGGGCCAGUGGGUGGGCAGACUCGCAUCACCUUGAGGAAUGAGCACCUGCAGUACAUCCUAACCUGGUAUGGACUUUGUGCAGCUACGUCCUAUAUGUGGUUCCAGAAGUUCAUACGGAAAAUCCCUGCGUAGAGACCAGUUGAUUAAAGUAUAACGGCAGAUCUUCUGAAAUUUUAUCGCCUUCCUGUUUUUCCAUGGAUCAUGAUGUAAAUUUUCCAUUAAAAUUAACUACAACC